UAGAGGCAAUGAUAUAUUGUCAAUCUCUUAACAUGGACCUAGUGAGUAUUGAAACACAGGAAGAAAAUAAGUUCCUUUACCAAAAGAUGAACGAAUACUUUGGUAAUGGAAAUGAAUAUUGGUUUUGGACUUCAGGAGUUAAAGUGCAGAACAGAUGGGUAUGGAUGGCUAAAGGGCGUCCAAUCAACUACUACAACUGGUAUGCCAAACAACCUGACAACUGGGGAAACAAGGAAAAUCGUAUACAAGUGAUUUAUCACGGGGGCAUUGGUUUUGUCUGGAACGAUAGGAAUGAAGAUCAUGGCAGGUUACAUGCACUUUGUGAAGCAGAAAUUGUUAAAGCGGUUGCUGAAAUCGUUGGUGCAGCUUGCAAUGUUACUGAUUCAUUCCCUAGAUUGUAAUAUCUAAUCUUAUAAAAUCCUAAUACGUAAAGUCACGCAGUCUGUCCGGUACGGUUUCGAUAUGUAAACUUUGA